AUGAGUCAACAGACAGGCUAUACCGUGCUCGACGUACAAUAUCGUCUUUCUCCUGAGAACCCCUUUCCAGCAGCAAUAAAUGACACCGAAGACGCCAUCAACUGGGUUUUGGGGCAACCGGAAAUUUUUGACAUCUCGAAGGUCGCCAUCUCCGGCUUUAGUGCAGGUGCAAAUCUGGUUUUGGCUGUUUCGUCCUGUGUCUUCCCUCCGGAGACGUUCUCUUCUGUUUUAUCCUUUUAUCCGGCAGUCGAAGCGUUCGUUGACCCCGGUGCCUUAGCUGCACCUGAUCCAAAUGGUCAACCUAUUCCGGAAUUUGUGCUCCGGCUUUUUGCUAAAUGCUAUAUGCUAUCCGGGCAUGAUCCCAAGGAUCCUCGCAUCUCGCCUGCAUAUGCCGAUUUGGAUCGUUUCCCUCGCAAGAUUUUGAUCGUGACGGCUGGCUAUGACAGUCUGGCGGUGGAGGGGGAAAAAUUGGCAGCACGGCUGCGGGAGAAAGCUGGUCGUGUCGUUGUUUCCGAGCGGAUGGAAAGGUGCAACCAUGCAUGGGAUAAGAUGGCUAAGAAAGGGACAUAUGAAUGGGACGCAAAAGAAAAGGCUUAUGAGCUAGCCGUGAAUAUGUUGAAAUCUACUUAA